AUGGAGUCGUACCUCCGGCAGCUGGGCGAGUGGCGACGCGGAGCCACAAACUUCUUCGGGAACAGUCGGGGGCAGUUGAAACCGACACCUCCUUCAGUGAUCGACUUGAGCCGCCUGCGACCGGCGCAGGGACAGCGAGGCCAGCAGCAGCUGAGCCGAAGGCGCGGAUCCUUCUUCAGGGACAAAGCCACGUCCGCUCGUUCGGGUGUGCAGGAAGCUACGGCCAACUGCUGCCUGACGGCUCGAGGUUUGUACUCGCAGUCUACGGUUCCCGGGUUCAUCCAGAUGGCGCAAGCUCGGAACCCGUUUCGCAUCAUCAUCUGGUUUGUGGCGUUCGUUGGCCUCGGGUCGGUGGCACUGAGCAACCUGUACGAACUGAUGCACGAAUACUUCCAGUACCCGCUCACUGUGAACAUCCGACUAGAGGACGUCAACAAUGUAGAGUUUCCGGCCGUCACGCUGUGCAACCUGAAUCCUGUGCGAAAAAGUCAGCUGUGCGGCCAGGAGACUGACCUCGACUACACCCUCCAGGAGUUCCUCUGCAACAAGUCUGCUGAGUCGACGGUGACACGAGGCGAGGACGAAGACCAGCUCGAACAGUUCGUCAUGUGGCUGGCUACUAAGCAGCGCACAGAGCCGGAACUUGCCAAGACGUUGGGCCACCAACUAGCCGACCUGCUUCGAACCUGCAGCAUUCAAGGGAUCAAAUGCGAUUUGGACAGGAUGUUCACCCUCGUCUUCAGCUCCAGAUACGGCAAUUGUUUCUGCUUUCACUGCAACAGCAACAACGAACCAGUAUUUCGCUACCGAAGACUUGGAAGGCCAGAACAAGCACUUGCUUUUUGUGGAACAAAGUGUACAGGUUGUGGCGUCCAUGUUGCAGGUCUUGAGCUACUGAUUGCAGUAGAGCAGCACGAAUACCUCCCCAUCACGCCUGAAGCCGGCUACAUGGUGAUGAUAAACAAGCAGGGACACGAUCCCGAAGAAGCCACCGAUGGCAUUUUUGUAUCUCCCGGACAGACCACCUACGUUGGUGUCACCGUGAAUAGCAUCUAUCGCCUUAAAGCUCCUUACCCAUCUAACUGUGUGACCACUUGGCCUCCGAACAGCCUGCAACCUAACGCGUCACUGGGAAAAGUCUACAGUAGGGCGCUCUGCCUCAAGCUAUGCCAGCAAGGAGCCGUGCUGAAGAACUGCAGCUGCGAGUCGAGCUUCAUGCCCGCUCCGUCCUACACCCAUUACAACGUCUGCGACGUUCUCAACAACAACGAGACCCUGUACUGCGUCGACCGUGUGAGACGCCAUUAUGAACUGGGGCAACUAGAAUGCAACUGCCCGCAAGCUUGCGUAGAAACGUUGUUUUUGAAAUCAGCCUCCAUUGCAGCGUGGGCCAAAGACGUGGGUGGGAGCACCAAUGCCUACAAACAACGGUCAAGAAGAAGUUCCGUCCCUGCCAAAGUCGUCAUCUACUUCCAAAGCCUCACAGCGCAGAAUGUUCGACAAGUGGCUCAAUACAGCCCUUCGAACCUGGUGAGCAACAUGGGCGGCAUACUGGGGAUGUACGUGAGCUUCUCGUUCCUCGUGAUCUUCGAGAUAUUCGAGGUGAUCGCCCGCUCGGUGCUGUCGGCGCUGCGGGUCUGGAGAUCGCGCAACCGGCAGCAGGCGCCCGACACCAGCGCCUGGUGGAAGGUCGAGAGGCCGGUGGCCGCCGCAGUGCCAGAGACGUUCUACACGAGCCGCGCUAUGCCUAUUUUCCAGAGGCCCUCGCUGUCACUAUACCAGGGCACUGCCAGUCGGUGGCGAUGACCUGCAGGGAGCGCUCGCAACAUCGAGCUAUAUAUAGCCGCCCGUCCAGAAAGCGUCGCAUCGAGCCAGCGAAAGAGGACAAGCAAGAAGAGAGAGAGAACCAACCCUGGAUUCCCAGUACCAAUUUGGUACAUUGUCGGAUGUCUACUUUGCAGCAAUUGGUGCGUUGUACCAGUUGCUUCGAGGUUAUUUUCUUGUUACGUAUUUUGUUUAUGUUUAGUACGGUGUGCUAUUCCUCAUUCCUCUGAUUCUUCCCCAGAUGUUUCUAUUGUUUUCCUGUCAAAGCUAAAUGCCUUCUUCAAAUUUCAUGCGAAUUUUGGCCAACCCACCAUAGUGGGUAUGCGCCACCAAUAAAAGUAAGAAACAGACAGACUCUUUGGACACCGAGAACGGCAGUGUGAAAGACGAAGACGACGCGGAGCCCAUUCCACCUUGGCCAAUCCCCCAGUGUGGGUACGAGCCAUAAUAUGAGGCCAUCAUCAUCAUCAUCAUCAUCAUCAUCAUCAUCAUCAUCAUCCACGAAAACAAAUAGGCUUCCGACCUGGUUUCUCCAUUUGGUGUGCGCAUGCAGGCUUGGAAAGCCGUAUCCAAUAACUUGCUCGGCAUCGGAAAGAAUUUAGUGCAUCAGUGGCUCUUCACUUAGCGAAAGAAUAUGAUAGCAUCGAGUACCCACUACUGCUGGACAGACUACAAUUUUCUUGGGUAUAUAACGGCAUUCAUUUUCGAAUUUCUAAGAGAAUUUCAUUGUUUUCAAAGAGGCUUUUCUCAUUGUUUUCUAGUUC